AUGAGCCUCGAUGACUCCUCCUCCCGUCCGCGCCAUGCCUCCUUACACCAGGAAGACGAGUGGAAACAUGGACAUCGUCGGAGUCGAGAACACGCUCGGUUCCCCACCGACACGACGGACGAAAUGUUCGUUAGAAUCCAGCCAUGGGCGGAGCACACCACGGCGAGCAAUGGCUUCGUGCCGCAGAACACUGUCAGUUGGCGUACCGAGCAAGCACCUACGAUACCGGUGCCGCCGCCACGGAAGUCGGCCCUUGGAAGGACAAUCGGUAAUAUUACACAGCGCUGGAACUGGCGUCACUACCUGGCCCUAGCCCUGGAUUCGUUGUCUCCCGUCUACGAGUCUCCCGGCGUAUUUCUGGGCCUUUCCGGCUCAGAAAUCUACUAUUUCGACUCCAGCGACCAAGACAACCCCGGCAAACGUCAUCUGAAAUCGUGCGGAACAGACGCACCCUGCCGAGCAGCCAGCCUCAUCUACUGCUGCUCAAAUGGCCUCGACAACUACUGCUCCGUCGCCAACCACAGUCACCUGGCUCACGACGCCUUCCUAUCGACGUACAGAUACAGUGGCGUGUCCGCGCUCAACUUUUCGACGAUAAGUCUCGGCAAUGGGACAAAACACCAGGCCAGCUUUGACCGCAUUGAGAUCCGGACCGAUUCGGCCAGUGUCGACCAGGGCCCAAUACAAUGUAUCAAUUUUGGAAAGAGCAUCACUGCUGCGGCGACGGCAUUUCAAGCUUCAGCCCAAAAAGUCGAUUAUCUUGUCGCGGUCUCCGCAGAUGGCGAUCUCUACAUCAGCUCCCAAGAUGAUGGCGGAGAAAUUGAAAAACUCGACAGGCUCUACGAUAUGGACGCUAUCGAAAAGCGAGCUCAUCCCGCCAAUGCUUACAGCGCAGGUUUGGAACAUAAAUUGUUGAAGACUUUUGAUUGGAAUGACUUCUUCUUGCCCGACGGUCAAUUCGGCGAGCUUUUGGCGGCCAAGCAAGCGCUCGACCGAGAAGAUCUUAUCGAUGGACGCCGAGUCCCGAAGAUUUUGAGGUCAAGC